AUCUUUUGCUCUAAAGGUUUCACAAAAAACCGAAAAAGAUAGAAAAAAUAAUCAACAUGAAGGCCUCGGCAUUCUUCAUUGCUCUAUUGGUUAUCGUAUAUGGUGUCGAAACGAUAGAAAGCAGGAAUUGUGAAAUAAACGACGAUUGCAAAGACCGGCAACCAUGUUCAGUGCCUCUCGCUUGUGUAUUUGGCAACUGCAUUUGUCCAUCGAAAAAUCAAUCUAAAAUCUUCAUUCCUCCUUGUCCAAUCGUAUGUGCACGUAUAGGGGAAAAAACUUUAAAUCAGUGGCCUCCUUGCGUUUGCAUUAAAAAGUAAAGUCAAGAAUAUGUUGUGACUCAAGCGGGAGAAAGAAUUGGUGAUGGUGAUGAUAAUGAUGCUUAACAUAUACAAAAGAAUUGUAUACAUGUCUCUCUUUGUUGAUUCUAUACAUGGUGUUGUCGUUGGUGGGCGCCUUAGUUAUUACCGUUGGUGCAUGUCGAUGUUGCGGAGAUUCCAAAAAUUUCGAGUCACAAUUGUGUGUUUUACACUAAUCUACACAUAUAUUUGUUUUUCCUUCGCAUGUUUUGAUAGUUCAAGAUGAUAAUACUUAUUUGUAGAGGAAGUGUUAUUGUGUUAAUCACUUAGCAUUUUUUCUUCUUCUA